AUGGUGAGAAAUUAUGUGCGAAAAACACAGAGAGGUGCAACUAAUGAUAGGAUAAAGUCAGCGUUAGAAGCUAUGGAGAUGGGCUGCAGUCUGAAAAAUGUUGCAUCAGAAUUUAGUAUUAACAAAAAAACAUUACAACGUCAUCAAGAUGGAAAAGUAAAGGUAGUUGGUGGUUUAUCUCUGGGUGGAAAAUCUCCUGUAUUUAGUAAAGAUUUUGAACUAAACAUUGUAACACAAGUUCAGAUUAUGGAAAGAGCAUUAUUUGGCUUGACAACAAUAGAUAUACGUCGCCUAGCAUACGAUUUUGCUAAACAAAUGGGAAUUGAAAAUCCUUUUAAUAAUGAAUCAAAAAUGGCAGGAAAGGAUUGGCUGCAAGGAUUUAUGUCUCUCAACCCACAACUUUUUAUUCGAACCCCACAAGCCACCAGUGUAAGCAGAACUGUUGGCUUCAAUAAACCAAAGUUAAAUCAGUUUUUUUCAGUAUACAAGUCAUUAUUUGAGGAACAUAAGUUUUCAGCCAAACAGCUCUGGAAUAUGGAUGAAACUGGAAUAACAAAUGUCCAUAAGCCAGGAAAAAUAAUUGCAACAAAGGGAAAACGACAAGUUUCAAAAAUAACUAGUGGAGAAAGAGGGGCUACUGUGACUGUCGUGUGUGCAAUGAGUGCAAGUGGUGUUUAUGUCCCACUAUUAUUUAUAUUUCCCCGUAAGCGAAUGACUGAUAGGCUGGCUUUUGGUGCACCUUCAGGGUCAAUUGUUAGAGUUAGCUCCAGUGGAUGGACAGAUUUAUCUUUAUUCAUCGAAUGGUUAACACAUUUUGUUACUGUGACUCAUGCAUCUAAAAAUAAUGAGCAAUUAAUUGUACUCGAUGGUCAUCAUAGUCACAAAACACUUGAAGCCAUUAACUUUUGUCGCAACAAUGGGAUUCACCUCAUAACUCUUCCACCUCAUUGUACACACAAAAUGCAACCUUUAGACCGUACAUUUUUCAAACCAUUGAAAGUUGGUUACAAUACUGCAGCAAGCAACUGGAUGUUAUUGCAUCAGGUGCGUAGAAUUUCAUUUUUUGACAUGACAGAUAUUUUUACAACUGGCUAUAACUUUACUGCAAACAUUGACAAAGCAAUCAAUGAAUUUAGAUGCUCUGGUUUAUACCCAAUAAAUGAGCUUAUUUUUAACAAUGAAGCCUUUGAUGCAGCUUUGCUCACUGAUGAAGCUAUACCAUUGGAAAGCUGUCAGCAAUCAAGUGAUUUGCCUAGUAUACCUCUUGUUGCACCUAUACAGUUGCCAGAUGUUAUAAGCACAGCAACUGUUGCCUCAAAAAUGAAGACUGUUACGAAAGAACCAGCACAAUCAAAUGGUGCAGUUUUGCCAGUUGUUGAUGAGCAUCUUGACCUUAAAUCCGCCCCUAAUAUUUUGGAAAAGAUUUCCCCGCGUCCUAAAAUUACUGUAUUAAGACAGCGUAAAAGAAAGACAGAAUCAGCUGAAAAUCUUACUCCUUCGCCUUUUAAGAAGAGAUUAGAAGAACAUGAAAACGAUGUAAAAGAAAAGCAACAAGAAGCAAUAUUGCGUAAAGAAAAAGCUGCACUUAAUAAGGUAAUCAAGCAAAAAAAGAAAUCAAUAAAUUUGAGGACAAAAAAACCAAAGAAGUCUAAAGAGCAGAAAGCCUCCCAAUGUUUUAUUACUGUUACUACUUUAUGCAUCAUAUGCUCUUGUGCUUAUAAUGUGCCCCCAUUUGAUGAUUGGACACAAUGUACUAAAUGUACAUCUUGGUACCACUCUUCGUGUGGUCCAGAUGAUUCAGACUUAUGCUACUACUGUGAAUUAUAG